AGUUUUUGUUGCCAUGGUUACUCGAUGGCUUGUUUUUGAAACAGAUUUGACGUUGAACUCCACACAUGUGUCCACCGAUAAGCUAUUUGCUACCUCUGAUACUUGCAUGAAAUAAGUGCUUUCACAUUUCAACAGCUUUGACAUUAUAAGAUGUCUGCGGUGUCGGCCGUCUGGGAAGUGCCCCUCAGUGAUAAAAUACACAAGAUCGAGUUUGAACACGGCACAACUACAGGUAAACGGGUGGUCAAGGUCGACGGAAAGGAAAUCGUGCGGCGUGACUGGAUGUUCAAGCUUGUGGGCUCCGAGCCGUUCGAAGUAGGAAAUGCCAAAUGUCUGAUCGUCAUCAGGGCAGUGAGCGGUUUCACAUACGAAUACUCACUUGUGGUGAACGGCAAGCACUUGGACGUGUUCAGAGAGCGCCAGUCGAAGAUACUGAACACCUGGGUGAUCGAAGACCUCGAAGAGCCUACUAGGGUUGUGUUGGAAAAAGAAACACUGGAUGUCUAUGUGAAUGGCACCAAGGUGGAAGUGGUGUCGGAGUUUGUUGAAGGUGGAACCGAGAUGCAUUUCCAGGUGGGUCCCUGCCAGGCUUACAUCACCGCAUCCAGCAGCGGAAGCAAGCGUGAAGGAAUCUUGCAUUCUCUCUUCAUGGACGGAAAACAAAUUCCAGAAAGUGCAGAGUGAGGCCAUAGAGUAAACUGCCAAAUUGCUAGAUCUAACACAGCUCCUGCUGCAUUAAGUUCUUAAAAAAAAAAUGUUAGUGGUUAGUGACCUUUGGUCAAACUCAGUAAAAUUGUUUUCUCGUUCUCGCUCUCUUCAGCGAGUUUGUGCUUAAGUUUUCCCAAUUUCUCUUUUUCCAGUGUCCUGUGACUGUUCUAGUUUUAUUUUUGUCUGCUAGAUUGUGGUGAACCGCAAUAUUGUCCAGAAAGAGAACCUAAUUAUAUUUUCUUAUCUGAGGUGACAGCCAAUUAUCUGCCACUUGCCUGCCUUCCAAUGAAGUUGUUCUCAACUGUGCAGACUUUUCUUGUCCUGUGUCCCUUAGGUUGGCUCUUCCUCUGCAAAUAAUUGCACAGCUUGUUUAUUUUGUCAUGUUUUGACUAACCAGCCAGACCAAAAGUACCUUGCUACUGUACUCUAGCAUCCUUCAGAAGCAAUAAAGUAAACUCUUGGUGUACGCCGUUUCACCAUAAUUUGGCGAAGAAUAAAUGCUGUAUCCUCCACUAGGCAAGAGUGACGGACCGAAGCACCCGACAACUCUCCGCAGGAGGAGUGAAAUCCGACGAUAUGUUGUCAUGUGCCGCCUCCCUCUGACAUUUUGAUUGACUCGCUGGGACGUGGCUUUUGCCAUUUGCCAAGUUUUGCUGGAGAAGAGCGUAGUGUUAACACUUCUGAAUUGCACAAAUGUCCAAAGUUGUAUGAACAGUCACAAGGUUUAUGCAAUUUUUUUUAAGAAUUAUGUCUGCUAAAAUCAUGAAAUGGCUGCCCAGAACUGUUUCCAGAUAGUUCACGUUUAAUGUAUAGUCUGUAAAGGCAGUUUUGGGCUGGAAAUAUAUGUUUUCUCCUUAGGUAGUCUGCACUAUGUGCUUACUUCACCCAUGUUUUCUCCUGCUAAAAACAGCAAGUCGUUAGCUCUGACAAAUAGAAUUCCAUGCUCACUAAUGAAACAAAACGGAUGUAAAUCUGAAUU